AUGUUCUAUUUUACAGUUUCUGUCAUUUUCGGUCUCUGCGCUUCUCAAAAUCAGUUUGCCGAUCCGAUUUGGAUAACCUUUCAAACCGGGAGUACAGUCUACGAGUACAGUAGAGCCACCGAAUUUGUAACCUACAGUCAGGCUCGAGAACGAUGUCGAGCUAUAAACGCGUCGCUCCCGCUUCCAUCGAAUCUUGAAGAAAACCGCUUCUUUAGGGCUAUCGGAGGCACGUUUCUCAGAUUAAUCGAUUCGCCUGGAAACUUGACAGCGGAACUUGGCGACGGGAUCCACUAUGACGAGCUGACAAAUGCUCGUCCUACCUAUACCCAAUAUUGCGCUUCGAAUAUUUAUAUAACUGGACAGUCGGAACCGAUCUAUUUGGAGUUCAACAUCCUUCCAGGGUGCUGGCGGCCACGGACGCUCGACGAGGUGAAUGCGUUUACCUGUGUGAGGAAAAUAGGACCAGUUAGCAACUUUCCACCAAGGCUGUCUCAAGUCGAGGAGAAUCUUGCGAAUGUUACGACAGAGGCGCGACAAGGACUAGACUCCACUCAGUUGGUGAUUGAACGUCUUGAACAACAAAUUGCGACUUUGGAGGCAAGCCUGGAACUCUUAAACUCAACAUUCACCGGAACAUCAUCUGCUCAAGUUUUUGGAGUGAACUUAUCUGCGCUUUUUAUUCUUUAUUUUUCAGUAUUCUGA